CAAAGCUCACCACUACAGUGAGACUGUUGAUUUCCAGCGGAUGCGCGCGUCCCUCGAUGAGGCAAUCACGCAGGGCGUUUCAAAGGUGCUCGUAAUAUACACGGGAGGAACAAUCGGCAUGAAGCAUAAUAAUUCAAGCGGAUAUUCGCCGGUCAGGGGGUAUUUGCCCGACAAGCUGCGCUCAAUCGGUCGCUUCCACGAUCCCGACGGCUUCAAAGACUUUGAAUUUGAGUUUCACCGCUCCAGCGCGGUCAACAGCUACACAACGGCUGCAGCUGCAACCAGCCAGGCCAACAACGACCCAGGGAAUGCAAAGAGGGUUCAGCCGGCUGGAACUAGCUCUCUGCUUGAGGCGGCAAAACAGCGCUUGAGAGAGAUGACCCGUGGCCACAUGUCCAGCCCGAGAACCGUGACCCCGAAAGAGAAUGCUACCAGCGCCAGGAACUCGGUCAAAAGCGAGACAUGCUCGCCGCCAGCCUCGGCAACAGAGACACCCGAACCCAAUACCGGUGACAACAGCACACCGCACGGUGAUAGCAAUCGCGUGUUCGAAGACAAGGCGCCGACUAUGACUAGCCCUGGUCAUGUAAAGUUCGACACUUCCAGCAUCCCUCCGAGCAGCAUCAAUUCUGGUAGUGAUGAUCUAGGCGGCGAGGACGACCCACGCGGCAAAGGAACACCGUCUUGCCUUUCGGAAUGGCUGAUAACGCCCAAAUCAAUGUACGGACGGCGGAUCCAGUACUGCUUUCUCGAGUAUGAUCCGCUGCUAGACUCGUGCAACAUGGACAUGACCGACUGGGUGCGCAUCGUAACGGACAUUGAACGCUUUUACUACACAUUUGAUGCCUUUAUCAUCCUGCACGGUACAGACACCAUGGCAUACACGGCCAGCGCCCUGAGUUUUAUGUUGCAGAGUCUGGGAAAGUCGGUCAUUGUCACUGGGUCGCAGGUGCCGAUCGCCGAAGUGCGCAACGACGGAAUUGAAAAUUUUUUAGGUGCGCUGACCAUUGCAGGCCACUUUGUCAUUCCCGAGGUCAGUCUGUACUUUAACAACAAGCUGUUCCGCGGCAACCGCUGCGUAAAGAUCGAUGCUAUGGACUUUGACGCAUUCUCGUCGCCCAACCUGGCGCCGCUGGUCAAGGUUGGCGUAGACAUUGAGGUAAAUUGGCCCGAGGUCCUGCGGCCAAACGCCAUCGAGCCCUUCUGCGCGUACAAGCAGAUGAACACCAACGUGGCAAAUUUGCGUCUGUUUCCCGGAAUAUCAGCCAGCGCCGUGCGGGCCUUCCUUGCACCGCCAAUCCAGGGCAUCGUGCUCGAAACAUUUGGCGCUGGCAAUGCACCCGAUGCGCGGCCGGCCAUCUUGGAGGCCCUUGCCGAUGCUAGCGAGCGCGGGGUUGUUAUUGUCAACGUAACACAGUGCCAGCGCGGCAACGUUUCUGACCUGUAUGCGACGGCUCGUGGGCUCACCACGGCAAAGGUUGUCCCCGGACGCGACAUGACCUCGGAAUGUGCGCUGACCAAGCUGAGCUACCUCCUUGGCCGUGGGCUUUCGCCUGAGCGCUGCCGUGAGCUGUUGGGUCGGAGCCUUCGAGGUGAGCUCACAAUAGUGCAGUCUCACUCGCGGCCUAUAUUUUCGACUGGAAACGGCCGCUCGCACACGUUUACACAGUUUGUGUCACGCCAAAUUUUGGAUGAGACUCAGGCUAACGAGCCCAACAUUGAGCUACCCACCUCUAGAAUGCAUGUCAGCAUGAGUCCUCCAAUUCCAGGCGGCGCUGGCUCUCCACAGCUUGUUGGAAUACAUCCCAGCGGCAUUUCUUUGGCAAAGCGGUCAAUUCAUGGCACUGACAAGGCUGCUGCCUUGACAGAGGGGAGCAACCCGAGGUCGCGCGAAACAGUGACCGAGCGCGCUUCAAUCUACCGCGCGUUCUUCCCCGUCCUGCUCUGUGCUGCUGCUGCAACUGGGGACUUACAAGGUAUGUAUCUUCUAGAAGCAGCAUCUAACAAUGCGCUAGAGGUGACAUGCUACGACUACACUGGCCAGACUCCGUUGCACAGUGCAGUUCGUGCUGGGCAGCUCCCGUGCGCGCGCUUUUUGCUCAAGCGGGGCGCCAGCGUGCAUGUGUUGAGCCGCAAAGGCCAUACGCCGCUGUUUGAGGCUAUCUGCGCGCGGCACCCAGAGAUGGUCAAUCUGCUCGCACAGGCAGGCGCGCAUUUCAGUGACGCUGAGAUUCGCGAUCUGAUGCUCAGCAUGCAGCAUGCUGUGUCCAGGGGCGAUAUUGAGUUUGUCAAGAUUGCGGUACGUGCCGGAUUCGACGUCAGUGCCAGCGACCACGAGGGCAGAACCAUUCUGUACUUUGCAGUUAUUGCAGGGCAGGUUGAGAUUGUGCAGUACCUGUUAACACUGCCGGGAAUCUCCGUCGAGCACUGGGAUCAUUGGGGAUAUAGCCCCAUGGACUAUGUCGUGCGCAAGCUUGAUCUGUGGAAUGAAUUUGGCGCGCCCCAUGAGGACAGCCUCCACGACAUGCAGCGCAUAUGUUCUCUGUUUUCUGAAACCGUGAGCGUCGGCGAUAAUGAGCAAUAAUGAUUUUGCGCUAUAGCACAUAGAUUUUACAUUUUUAUUUUAUUUUAUUGUUUGUUUUUUAGUUCACUUGUGGUCAGUCGCAUUCGUAUAAACUAUUAUUCACAGGCCAAAUGGGCAACUUGCACUUGGGCGCUUUCCCCUUUAUAAGGUCGUGGCUUUUAUUUGCUAAAUGUGUAAUAUACAAUUGUACACUAUGCCGUGAG